AAAAAAGAAGAAAAAAGACAAUCUAAGAGAGAAUAUCUGUACGGCCUAAGCUGUUUAUUACACUCCAACUUUUCCAUAUUUUUUCACCUUUCAACCAUAAACACAUUUUACUGGGAUUUUAUGCGGCAGAGUAACAGAGUAGAGGAUAACUUACUAGAUCAGACUUACUGUGACCCAACCGUUUCUCCUGAAACAUCACCAAUGAUGCAUGGGAAAGGAAACCGAUUGCAAGGAUCCUUAAAAAACCCAAAGAAAAAUCGAGAACCUGCUACAGGUUCAAGUGAGACUUCUGCUGGAUAAUCCCAAAAACAAAAUCAUCCAGGUUUUUAAAGCCCAUGGAUGAGAGGAAAAACUUUAGCUUUCAUGGCCAGCUAAGCAAGGUUGAUGAACUCAACAAGCUACUUUUGCAACUACGUCACUAAAUCAUUCGAGGCGCCAUGACAGACGUCGGAAGUGAGGGACGAAGUAUUGAACAGAGCAAUUGAAAUUGUUUUCCAAAGUUAUUUUGCCAGUUUAUUCAUGGCUUCUAACUUGUUCGAGUCGAGCUAAUUUGUCUGUGAACGUAACACACCUGGUUGGGGCUCAUAGACGGCGGUAUUUACCAAGUUUGGAAACAGCUAGCUUAGAAACCGACCCUAACCUCCUCCCUCCUGAUGUGCUGAUCAAAGUACCGACUUUGUCUGAAUUCACACCACAUGAUUUAUAUCACUAUGUCUUAAACAUUGUUUCCCCUUAAACCGGAAAAGCAGUAGAAAAACGUAGAAAAGACGAGAUGCUAGCCAGUUUGUCCAUACAUGCUAGGCUACAUGACGGUGCGGCACUGAUUCCAUGGUUACCAAUGGUUGGACGCUUACCUUCUCCAUAAUGCAAUAUCUUUCUAAUUACAUUAACUAAUAAAGUACAUUGUGGCGUAUACAAUGUAUAUAUUUCACACCCGAAUGUAUACUUUUAUUGUGAAAGGGGAGAAGGUGAGGUAGUCUUCUUACCUGACAAAAACUGUUCACUGUUACACCGAGGGCUGCCAGUCAUUAUGAUUGACAGCUGCUAUCAUUUGCCGCCGCGUCGUUCCUCUUUAAAUGUUAAGUAAUAAAAUGGCAAGUUUGGUUUUCAUCCUUAUCCGUUUCUGUAGCCCAUCGCGCAGCAUCCUGUGAGCAUUUUUAAAGUGAAAUAAACUGAAUAAAAGCGAUAUUAGGCUACCACAUGUCAGUUUUUUGGCUAACUUUAAAGGAGCGCAUUGGUUGUUUUUGCUAGCUAAAGGCUAGAACUGUUCAUAGCUUCUCUCUUCCGGUCUCCGAAGGACCCGGAUGCAAACCCAGAAUUCGAAAACAGCUUUUAACACAAGUCUAGAAAACGUGACUUAUUACGUGAGAACAUCGAAUUCGGCGGGUUUGAUGCCUAUGACUUGUGAACGGACGUCAUAUAGAUGUUUAUUUGCUCUCUGUUCUUCUCUAAUCCUCACUUUGCAGUCGUUUGUCGCAGAGUACGGAUUAGUUUAUUGUUGAUCUCGCUGUUAGAGCAGAAAACGUGAAACCUAUCCUCAAACCAGCAAUUAUGCCAAGCGGAAUGCGUUCUCCAAUUGUAGAGACCCGGAACAUCACAGUCAACAUCCUGAGGGGUUUAAUCCACCCACUUUUCACCAACUUAACCUGGAUGGAGUGGAUGCUUCUGGCAACAGGGGACCCCGCUCGCACCACCACCUGCAUUCUGGUCAGGAUUUUGAAAGAUAUCCUGGAGCUCUUUAUAGCCAACGCUCUGGAUAGUCUUCCUAAGGACAACUGCAGCACUGAAGCAAUUGAAGCAAUCGUAGGCAACAAGUUGCCUGAAGCCUUUGCUAAGGUCGUAAAGGUUGGCGGAGAAGUCCGAACAGAACAUACUGACAAUUUAAACCAUCUCAUUGUCAAAUAUGUGGUGGAAAGAGUCAAUUCCAUCUUAGACUCUGACUCUAACGACAAUCCACGCAAUCACGUUGAUGAAGCAAUCAACGAUAUGGUUGGCGAAAUCAAAGUAGUGGUUAAGGAUCUGUUUGUCAGAUUGCACGCAUCUAGUAAGGAACCCAGGAAAGCCGUUGUCCGCCCAGUUGAGCCACAAUCUAUGCUCAAAGGUCUGAAAGGAAGGAUCAAGGGUUUUUUCACCAAGUUCACUAGGAAACAUUCUUCUAGGGUGGCUCCGGUGAACCUACCAGAAAAACCAGGAAUCUCCCACAUCAUGGCCAACAAAACUGUGGCCAUGGAAGCCUUGAUUCCUCCAGAGAUCUUCACCAAAGAUCUGCUGGAAGAGGAAUUACACCUGGAGGCCAGGUGUCAUGAAAUCUCACCUGUGGAGGCUUACAUUCCUCAAGAUGAUGUGUCAGACAUCAUAGAUCUAGAAACCUAUCUACCAGAGAUUUUGUCAACCAAAGGCUCACAGGUACAAUCAUUAGAACUGGAGCCAAGAUUUGAAAUCAUACCCAGGGAGGCCUUCGUUUACACGAAGACCUUGCAGGAAGAGGAUUUCGAGCCAGAGCCCAAAUUUGAUGAGAUCACACCUGUGGAGCCAUUCAUUGGGUCAUUUUAAAUUUGUUUAAUACUUAGUUAGGUCAUUUUUAAAUUGGUAGUAGUUAGGUGAUUUUAUAAUUGUGUUUACUAGUAAGUUAGGUCUUUUUAAAUUGUUGAGCAGUUAGUUGGGUCUUUUAAAAUUGUUGAACAGUUAGUUAGGUCUUUUUAAAUUGGUAGUAGUUAGUUAGGUCUUUUUAAAUUGUUG